AUGGGCUCUGAUGGAUCGGUUCUGCCGUGUCAUAUGAGGCGCAUACAAAAGGCUACGGCACAAGCUCAACUCCUUUGGGGUGCCGAGUUUUGGUGGCAAGGCCAGAAAAUAUGGGCACAGAGGUUCCAAGUUCUAAUCAAUAAGCAAGCCAGAGCUAUCACGGGCAUGUUCCCAAAGACCCCAAUUGGAGCUCUAAUCAGAGAGGCAGCGUUAGAGCCAGCGACAGCCUUACUGGACGCUAGAGUGGCUCAAUAUACAGCGAGGCUACUCACACUGCCUGACACGCAUCCUACAGCGCAGAUACUUCCAGUAACCCUUAGACAUGGUGACCUCCACGCACAACCUGGAGAGCAACCGCUAGACGACCGUGAGUGGGCCUCUAGAGAUAACAAGGUGCCGAAUCGACUCAGCCAAAGGCUUGCAAAGCACCUCGCUCAACGGCUGAGCAGAGACCCCUCGGGAGGAAUCGAAAGGACUAAACAAUGCGAGCUUAAAGGCUUCCCAGGCUCGAUCCGAGUCAUUGACAAUGAAGAGGCCCUAACGGAGGCUAAUCAACAGCGCGCUGGAACGACGUUUUGGUCCGAUGGCUCCAGACUCGAUACAGGACGUGCCGGCGCCGGUGUCGCUUUACAAGCUGUACCUGGAGGCCCCUGGGAACACGUAGAGGUGCCAAUGGGCCACGGACACGAGGUGUUUGACGCGGAACUAAUGGGAGUGGCUACAGCACUUGAAUGGGCACUUGAGAGGCAACCUCUCGGUCCCAUCUGGGUACUCCUUGACGCGCAGAAUGCUAUUGAUCGCCUCAAGUCAGCAAGACCAGGCCCUGGGCAAGCCCUUGUUCUUAGGGCUCACAGGGCAGUGGAGAAGCUAGCUAUGAGAGGUCAGCCAGUAACAAUACAAUGGGUUCCGGGCCACUCAGGAGUGGUAGGGAAUGAACAGGCUGAUCAAGCUGCUAAACGCGCAGCUAGUAAACAGACCGCACCUGGUUUUGAGCACCUGUCUCUAGCGUACGUUAGAAGGGCUUGCACGGAAGCAAGAAGAGCUGCAGUAUCUGAAUGGGCUCGAAUCAACGCUGUACAAGGCAGGCAUAGAGACGGACGUGUCUACAAGAUGCCUCGAGGCUGGAACCUUGACCCAGUGGCGGGAAAAGCCCCAAAAAGACUGGCUAGUCGGUACUACCAGCUGAAGACAGGACAUGCCCCAAUUGGCACCUAUCUACACCGGAUAGGCCGACGGGAAUCGCCUGAGUGUCAGGCAUGCAAGGAGCCUCAUGAGACAGUGAGGCAUGUGCUUUUUGAAUGCCGAGGACGCCGUACAGGACGGAGGGCUUUAUAUCGAGCCCUCGAGAAAGCUGGAGUACCGCUACCUACAGCGGCUGAGGAAAGUCCCGAGGCUAGGCUAUUUGCUGAGCCUAGAGCGACACAGGGAUUGCUGCAAUUCGUGGCUGAAGCCAACCUGUUUAAUGAUAAUGAGCGGACAGCCAGAGAGGCUGAGUCUAGCGAUGCGUGGGGGUGGGAUUAUUAUUAUUAUUAUUAUUAUUCAAGUUUAUUGUCCGUACCCAGCCCUAUUGGCUAUGACAGACCUCUGGAAGCCUUGGUGAGACCCUACAGGCCUCACCCCUAUCAGAAUCCUACAUACAAAAAUUCAAAAUAA